ACUGAGGCAGACAGGGCUAGGGUGAAACACCCCCAGGGGGUCAGGAGCACUGGUCACCAGGGCAUGUGUAAGGCCAGGUAUGCCAGGAAGCAGAGGAGUGCCACUGUGAACCGCAGGGCCACUCAUUUUGAACGGGGCAGGGUGCUGCUUCAAAAUGGGCUUCCAAACCAACCAAAGACCUUAGUGGUGGGGGCAGAGACAGCAAUGGAGCCUUAAGAAGAAGAGACAGAAAGAAAGGACAAGGGGAACUCACUCCUGGACAUACCUCAUGAACGGUGGAAGCUUCUGGAAGGCCAGCUCCCCUGCAGUUCGAAAAAUUGGGAGAGAUGAGACAGUGAUCCGAAUUGGGGGAGAAGGGGAGGGUCAGAGCCAUCGGCACUGGAAUCCACCAUGUGGAUAUGGUGAGGCCAGCAGGCUGUGCACACGGUGAGAGUGACAGUGUGCACGUCCACCUCCCCUGUGUAGCCUUCUGUAUCAGUGCUCCUCGUCGCCUCACUGUACUUCACGGAAGAGACUUGGUUGACUGGCCACUUGGAGCGGAAUCAGGAGACAUUCCCAACUCAGGGAGACUGAGGUGAGGGCCCUAGCUCGCCCACUUGCUGGACAAGAUGAUAUUCCUCACCACCCUGCCUCUGUUUUGGAUAAUGAUUUCAGCUUCUCGAGGGGGCCACUGGGGUGCCUGGAUGCCCUCGUCCAUCUCAGCCUUCGAGGGCACGUGUGUCUCCAUCCCCUGCCGUUUCGACUUCCCGGAUGAGCUCAGACCGGCUGUGGUACAUGGCGUCUGGUAUUUCAACAGUCCCUACCCCAAGAACUACCCGCCAGUGGUCUUCAAGUCCCGCACACAAGUGGUCCACGAGAGCUUCCAGGGCCGCAGCCGCCUUUUGGGAGACCUGGGCCUACGAAACUGCACCCUGCUUCUCAGCACGCUGAGCCCCGAGCUGGGAGGGAAAUACUAUUUCCGAGGUGACCUGGGCGGCUACAACCAGUACACCUUCUCGGAGCACAGCGUCCUGGACAUCAUCAACACCCCCAACAUCGUGGUGCCCCCAGAAGUGGUGGCAGGAACGGAAGUAGAGGUCAGCUGCAUGGUGCCGGACAACUGCCCAGAGCUGCGCCCAGAGCUGAGCUGGCUGGGCCACGAGGGGCUGGGGGAGCCCACUGUGCUGGGUCGGCUGCGCGAGGAUGAAGGCACCUGGGUGCAGGUGUCGCUGCUACACUUCGUGCCCACUAGAGAGGCCAACGGCCACCGUCUGGGCUGUCAGGCUGCCUUCCCCAACACCACCUUGCAGUUCGAGGGUUACGCCAGUCUGGACGUCAAGUACCCCCCAGUGAUUGUGGAGAUGAAUUCCUCUGUGGAGGCCAUUGAGGGCUCCCACGUCAGCCUGCUCUGUGGGGCUGACAGCAACCCGCCACCGCUGCUGACUUGGAUGCGGGAUGGGAUGGUGUUGAAGGAGGCAGUUGCUGAGAGCCUGUACCUGGAUCUGGAGGAGGUGACCCCAGCAGAGGACGGCGUCUAUGCUUGCCUGGCAGAGAAUGCCUAUGGCCAGGACAACCGCACGGUGGAGCUGAGCGUCAUGUAUGCACCUUGGAAGCCCACAGUGAAUGGGACGGUGGUGGCGGUAGAGGGAGAGACAGUCUCCAUCCUGUGUUCCACACAGAGCAACCCGGACCCUAUUCUCACCAUCUUCAAGGAGAAGCAGAUCCUGGCCACGGUCAUCUAUGAGAGUCAGCUGCAGCUGGAACUCCCUGCAGUGACGCCCGAGGACGAUGGGGAGUACUGGUGUGUAGCUGAGAACCAGUAUGGCCAGAGAGCCACCGCCUUCAACCUGUCUGUGGAGUUUGCUCCCAUAAUCCUUCUGGAAUCGCACUGUGCAGCGGCCAGAGACACCGUGCAGUGCCUGUGUGUGGUAAAAUCCAACCCGGAACCCUCCGUGGCCUUUGAGCUGCCUUCCCGCAACGUGACUGUGAACGAGACAGAGAGGGAGUUUGUGUACUCAGAGCGCAGCGGCCUCCUGCUCACCAGCAUCCUCACGCUCCGGGGUCAGGCCCAAGCCCCACCCCGCGUCAUUUGUACCUCCAGGAACCUCUACGGCACCCAGAGCCUCGAGCUGCCUUUCCAGGGAGCACACCGACUGAUGUGGGCCAAAAUCGGCCCUGUGGGUGCUGUGGUCGCCUUUGCCAUCCUGAUUGCCAUUGUCUGCUACAUCACCCAGACAAGAAGAAAAAAGAACGUCACAGAGAGCCCCAGCUUCUCAGCGGGAGACAACCCUCAUGUCCUGUACAGCCCGGAAUUCCGAAUCUCUGGAGCACCUGAUAAGUAUGAGUCCAGAGAGGUCUCUACCCGGGAUUGUCACUGAGAGCCCCAGGAGAGUGAGAAGCGCCUGGGGUCCGAGAGGAGGCUGCUGGGCCUUAGGGGGGAACCCCCAGAACUGGACCUCAGUUAUUCCCACUCAGACCUGGGGAAACGACCCACCAAGGACAGCUACACCCUGACAGAGGAGCUGGCUGAGUACGCAGAAAUCCGUGUCAAGUGAGGAAGCUGGGGGCUGGCCCUGUGGCUCACCCCCCAUCAGGACCCUCGCUUGGCCCCCACUGGCUGUGGGCUCCCUUUCUCUUGAGAGUGGUAGGGGUGGGGGCGGGAAGGGGCGGGGCAGGAAACAGUGAGGUAUUGGGGGCCCGGCCUCCCCUCCUUCCCGGCUGCUCCUCUCUGCCAACAUCCUGCACCUACGUUACAGCUCCCUCUCCCCUCCUUUUAACCUCAGCUGUUGAGAGGGGUGCUCUGUCUGUCCAUGUUAUUUAUUGUUAUCCUGGUCUCUUGUCCCCUUACCCGGCCCCAGGACCUGUACAAAAGGGACAUGAAAUAAAUGUCCUAAUGACAAGUGCCAGUCUAGACCCAUCCUUUGGAGGAAAGGGGCAUAUUAGUAAUACUUUUCUCGUUGCUGUAACAAAAUACUGGACAAAAACACUUUUGUAGUUACUUUCUGUUUGCAUAACCAUAAGCAACUUAGGGAAGAAAGUUUUUUUUUUAAUU